ACACGCGUUUACAAGAGAGAAGCGGGCAGACAAAAGGGGACAGCAGAUAACCAUGGCAUCAGCCGGUCUGCAGUUCUUUGCUUUUAUGCUGGCUUUGUUUGGCGUUUUUGGAGACAUCGCAGCCACCUUGCUUCCGAACUGGAAGGUAAAUGCAGACGUUGGUUCCAACAUCAUAACAGCUAUAACGCAGAUGCAAGGACUGUGGAUGGACUGCACGUGGUACAGCACCGGGAUGUUCAGUUGUACCCUGAAAUACUCCGUUCUGUCUCUCCCUGUCUACAUCCAGACUGCACGAACUACCAUGGUAAUGUCUUGCAUCCUAUCAGCCUUUGGGAUCUGCAUCACUACAGUUGGAAUGAAAUGCACAAAGUUGGGAGGGGACCCCGACAGCAAAAGUCACACUUGUUUUGCUGGAGGAGUCUGCUUCAUUCUUGCAGGAAUUUUUGGAUUAGUACCAACCUCUUGGUACACGAGAGAAAUCAUUUCCAAUUUUCUGGACCAGACCAUUCCAGAAAGCGGUAAACAUGAACCGGGAGGAGCGGUUUACAUAGGAUUCAUUUCAGCAGGGUUUCUGCUUGUUGCAGGUGUGAUUUUCUGCACUUCCUGCUUUAAAAAGCAGCAAGGAGCAUGGAUUUAUCCUCCAAAGCAGCAGCAUCUCCCAUCCACAAUGCAGGAGAGCAGUGCAGGUUACAAUCUGAAGGACUAUGUGUAAAUACUGUCAUUUUUAUCCAUUGAGGCUUUUUUUAUGCUAAGUGUACUCUGAUUACUUUAAAGAUUGUGUAACACCUAAAUUCUCUUGCAUCUGGGCUGUAAUUAUAUUUACAUAAGGUAUUUUCCUCUUAGUGAUAUCAGCAAAAAGAACAAGAUAAGAAACAAUGCUUGAGUCUGCUGCAAGACUACUUUUUUGACUGACUGUUCAAACCAUUUUCUUUGACUUUCCAAUUAAGGUUUACUGAAAAAAAAUAAAUUAUUUCAGCAUAAGCAACAGUACAUUUAAUGUACUGAUUGCUUGUUACAGCAAAGACGCUUCUAUUUAGUAAAAUCAGACUACUGGUAACAGAACGCUCUAUACGGUAUUUUACCUUUUUCCCUUUAAUUAUGAUGCAAGGGAAGAAAACAACCAUUCUCAGUCCAAGAAGCCAAAUUCAACAAUUUUUAUGUAAGGGACACAUCUGCCUUUCAUUUUUUGUUCUAAGUAGUCAUAGUAACAUUCAGAUUUCCUAAACAACAAUACAAAGCAAAAAAGAAAUAAAUUGCCCAGUACCAAAAAAACCCACCAAACCAACAACAAAAACUGUAUUCUCAACCUUAGCUGCACAGUAUUUGCAUAUCAGAAAGGUGAAUCAGUGGUAUCAUUCAGAUAUUGCCAAGAACGUCUCUCACCCCCUAAACUGCCACCUGCUGUGGGUUUUAUUUAUUACUGUUAAAGAAAUGCCGGUUGGACACUCUUCAACUGCUGCUAAUCUAUCACGAGUGUUAGAUUUGAGGAGCAGUACAGCUGAAAUGCAACUGUGACUACGAAAACGUCUGCUAAUUGUAAUGUGGGAUACAAACUAUUCAUCUAUUUACAUGAAGAAUCCAGAAGCAUUUGGCCUUCAGUUACCAUUUAUUGCCUUGAACGCUUUCAGCCUUCUAAAGGAACUUUCUAGGUGCUUUUAAUUUCACUAAGGUAUGUUUCAGGCCCACUCCCAGGUAUCUUAUUAGUGUAAAACGUAAUAUACAAUAGUGAUAAAGAGAAUGCUACUGCAUCAAAAUGUGUAUGUUAACUCUUUGAUCACUUAUCUUAGAUCCUUCAACCUUUUCUUUCAACAAACAGAUUUUGUUUCUCAGUGGUCGUUGGCAGAUGUCCUACUUAAACAUUUUACUGAACAAGAAUCAAAUUGAUGCCCAUUUGUUAGCAUAGGUAAGAGGAUACGAUGCAGGCCCUUAAAUUUAGGAAUAUUACAAUGUUGGACAAGUCUUCCAACGAGCCCAACUGCUAUUUAUUUGGUAUAAUUAUAUGCAACUUUCAGUUCUUGUUAUUAGCUCCAAAUUCACAAGAACAGUAUAAAGAGACCGUAAUGUUAUCUGUAGAAUUAAUGUGGUGAAAAAUUAAAAUCUUCUGUUACAGCACUUUAGAAAGUCAAAUGCUUUAUAUCUAAUAACGUAAAAAGUCUUUGUUUUAGUGUCUACACUCUCUGAAAGAAAUUUCAAACUUCAUCUUGCUCUUACUACUACUGUUAUGUAGCCAUUUGGAGUUUCUUAUCUAUUCAUCAAGGGGCUUCUUCUGUACUAUUCCUACUACUUUUAUCAGCAGUUACUUAAUAUCGCAGUGAGCAAAAAGCCAAUUUUUCUCUGCUUAAGACAGAAUGCUGUGCAGCACCACCUUGUUCCAUAAAGCAGAAGCCCAUUAUGACUCAACAUUAAUAGGUGCUGUCAAGAUAUUAUUCAUUCACUGAGCAAAUGAGGUAAACAACUCAUUCCCAGAAACCAUUCUUCUCCACCUUUUGUAUGGGGCCUGACAUGACACUAUGCUGUGAUCACUGCUAACGUACGUGAAUGAAAACUGACAUUCAGAAAACAGGAACCAAAGACAUACAUGCAUAUGAAAAAUGUAAUAAUUGCAUACUCCAAGCAAAAUGAAGUAUUCUUCAGUUACAUAAGCAACACAUUUUUCUUUCUAAAACUUUACACAGAAGUACCUGAACUUGUUUGGACACCUGUGAAAUAAAAGUCAAGCACAGAGCUGCGUUAUUCACAACAUGCUGCAAGAGCUUUCCAAGAAGGCAAAAGUUCUAUCAGCAACAGUAACACCUCAAACCAUGUCAAUCUACCCCCAAAAGAAAUGAACAAAAUAGGAGAUCAAGCUACAACAGGAGUUAGAAGGAAACAAAGUACAGCGCAACAGGUGUCAGGUCUGCCUGAAAAGCUUGUAUUAUCAGGUCUUGCAAUAUAAUUUGUAUUUGCUGUAAAUCAAAGAAAUAUAUUAAAUAAUUACAUGUUUGAGUUUAGUGACCCUUUUUGAAAGGUCCUUAUUCAACUAAGCAACAACUGAUUAUAGGAUUUGCUUAUACUCAGACAUUUGUCACACCUUCAUGGAGUUCUCUCUCCCUCUCAAUCAAUUGAGGCCUAUUCAGUACAGGAAAAUGGAAAUUUCAGUUAUAGUUACCCAGUGCCAAGGCACAGAUGGCACAAGAUUUUUCACUACGGCUUUACUAUGUUCUCAUACUGCACCCACAAAAUUCACGUUUUGGCCUUACUGUACACUACUUCACAUACUGAACUGCCAGAUUAAAAUUUUGAUAAUAUUUUUGAAAAAAAAAAAUAAAAUGGCUAGAACAUGGCAAAAGAAAUACAAACAAAUGCAAACAGAAAUGUAAAGCAAAAAAAAAAAAGUCAUAUGAAUGGUCAUUUUUCUUCACAAUAGACUGCUGUCACAAAUAAUAAUGCAACAUGCCCGGACAGUUACUUGCUCAAAAAAAAACACUGAAGGAAUUCUACACCGUCAUCAGAAUAUACACAGACAUAGGCUGUAAGACAGUAAGAGAAAGAGAAUGACCUUCUGUAGGUUCUUGAGAGAUAUGCCUGAGGAAUAAAAAGACCCACAGAGUGAAUGCGAGAAAGGGAAAGGAUAACUUAUUAAACAGCCAAACCAACCAUUUUAAAAGAAACUUCCAGAAGGAGCAAGUAGGUUUCUAUGUGUACCCAGGGCAAACAGAUCCUACUUGUUGUCAUGCACACAUUUUUACAAAAAGAAAAAGAAGAAUAAAAGAUAGACCUGUGAUCAAAAUGCAGUUUAAUUUUCUCAUUCUUGAUUCCUGUAAUCCUAAUGGAUUUAUUAAAACAACAAAAAAUAAUAGCAGGAAAUAAGAGGACAGCAAAGAGACUUUUCUCCUCUAAAGAGCAGACAAAAGAGAGAAAAGAUGGUUACUUUUUUAAACAGGGAGUGGGAUGUAGGUGACUAAGUGGCAUAGCAAAUAUGAGGGAGUUCAAAAUGCUGAAGAUGA